AUACUUGGACAUGCUGGGCCUGGGAAAGGAUCACCCUGGACCGAUGCCUGAACCAAAGAGGCCUGAUCCAGCUGGCCUUUCCAGGUCUCAAGCACAAACCAAUGAUGGAUGGAAAAAACGGUGGGUGGAGUCUAAACAUAAGCCGGAUUAUGGUAAAUUUCAGCUGACUGCAGGAAAAUUUUAUGGAGACAAAGAAAAAGAUAAAGGUCUUCAGACCAGUGAAGAUGCCAAGUUUUAUGCCCUCUCCACCAGGUUUAAGCCAUUCAGCAAUGAGAAUGAGACCUUGGUGGUUCAAUUUUCAGUAAAGCAUGAGCAAGGCAUUGAUUGUGGUGGCGGGUACGUGAAACUCUUUCCUGACACCCUGAACCAAGAAGAUAUGCAUUUGGAGUCGGAGUAUUACAUCAUGUUUGGCCCUGACAUCUGCGGCUUUGGCAACAACAAGGUACAGGUCAUCCUUAAUUACCAAGGGAAAUACCAUGAGAACAACAAGACCAUCAAGUGCAGGACCAAUAAAGACACCCACCUCUACACUCUUAUCAUUCGCCCCAAUGCUACUUAUGAGGUCAAAAUCGACAAUCACCAAGUGGCAACCGGGGAUCUGGAGGAUGAUUGGGACUUCUUGCCCCCCAGGAAGAUAAAAGACCCCUAUGCACGGAAACCGAGGAAAUGGGAUGAACAUCUGCAAAUAGAGGAUCCUGAAGACAAAAAACCUGAGGACUGGGAGGACUUUGAGUACAUCCCAGACCCAGAGGCCAAGAAGCCAGACGACUGGAAUGAGGCGAUGGAUGGGGUGUGGGAGGGGCCCCUGAUACCAAACCUGAAAUAUAAGGGACAAUGGAAACCUCGGAUCAUUGACAAUCCCAAUUACCAGGGGGAGUGGAUUCAUCCAGAAAUAGAGAACCCUAAAUAUAAGCCUGACCCCACCAUUUGUCACUAUCAUAACAUAAGUGUUCUUGGCCUGGACCUUUGGCAGGUAAAAUCAGGCAGCAUCUUUGACAAUUUCCUUCUUACAAAUGAUGAGGAAUUUGCUGAAGAGGUUGGAAAUAAGACUUGGGGAAUAAGAAAAGACGUAGAGAAGCAAUGGAGAGAACUGUAUGAAGAAAUGGAAAAAAGAAAACAGGAAGAAGAGGACAAGAAAAAAAAGGAAAAGGAGGAGGAAGAGGAAGAUGACAUCUGGGGAAUUGAAGAAGAGGAAGGUGAAGAGGAUCCUGCUGGGGAACCAGGAAAUGGCAGGCAGAUAAAGGAAGAUGAUAUUGAAAGAACAUUUCUGGGUAAAAAUCAAGUCAGUGUUGGCCAGAAAGAUGAACUGUAACUGGAGAAAAAAUGAUUAUACUAAGAGACUCCUAGAAGGAGAAAUAUUCAUGUGUUUGGCAAAAUCUGGGGGAACAAAAUUAUUUGCCUUAUUUUGGAAUGAGCUUUGGAUUUAUUUUUCCACCCCACCUCCUUUAUUCUGUGCAACUUGGGAAAGUCACAUCACCUCUUGGGGUUUCUAUUUCCUUAUCAGUGAAAAGCAGUGAUAAUUCCUAUUUUGUGAGGUUGUUUCAGGGAUUAAAUGAGCUAAUGUGUGAAAGUGCCUGAUGUAUAAUAUACCAUCAACAAGAGGUAGCUAUUACUACUAACAUUAUCAUAGUGUUUAUGAGAUUUAUUUCCAGUAAGUAAGCAUCUGUAUAAACUUGAUCCUCACCUUUAAUUUAUCCUUGAACACCCAGGGAUUUUAUUUUGCUUAAAUUACCUUAUUACUUAGUAUUUAUUGAACAGUGCUGAUGGAUAUACUUGUGGCCUAUGAUGCUUUUGUCUUGCAGAUAUGUCAAGCACUUAAAAACAAAAACAGACUUCAUCUUAACAUAAGGAAAGAUACUUUGUGAAAGUUCUUUUUCUUCUCUGCUGUUUUGUGCCCUAUGUCAUUUUUAAAUAACUGUCCUGGUUUUCAGAUUAAUUGAUCUUAUGUUUAUGUUUGCUGUACCACCUGGUCGCAACAUUAUAAUGACAUGCAUUCAUAUAGCUCUGUACAGUUUACAAACUUUCCCAUAAAUUUGUGGAGCUCCUAUGAUGUGCUUAUUUAAUUCUCGAAGCAGCCUUUGUAGAGGAUACCAUUAUUGUCUCCAUUUUACAGAUGAGAAAACUGCUCAAAGUGGGCAAACCACUUGUUUAGGGUCAAAUUCUAGUAAGGAGCAGGGCUGGUAUCUGAAUUCAAGUGUGUCUGUUUCCAAAACUUAUCCUUCUUUUGCAUCAAGCUGUUGAAUGAGUGAAUGAAUAUCUAUUACUAUUGAGCUUGGAGAGUAAGCAGCAUUCCACAUGGAAGAAAUACCCUUUUAAGGAAAAUAAGUGCAAAGUAAUUUUCCUCUUUAUAAAAAAAUUUCUUUAACAACCUACAAAAAGUAAUUGAAUGAAAUGUGGCAGCCUUUUCAUAUAAGUAAUAAAGCUAGUGCAGUUGUCAGCUGUUCAAGGCCACCCUGGUCAAUUCCUUAUUCUGUCAUUUACCAGCUCUAUUACCUUGGGCAGAUUACCUAACUUUCCCGUGUUUCAUUUUUCCCAUUUGUAAAACACAGUUAAUAAGAGGACCUACUGCAAAGUCAGCCGUGAGGAUGAAAUGCUAAUUUCUUCCUUCUUUUGUUUUACUAGGAAUCCACCAAGAAAUAAUUCCAGUCUAGUAGGGGCAUCAUGCCCAGACAUGGCUGUCACACAACUCAGGAAAUGAUAGCACAGGGAUACAGAUAUGGGUCUGGCACAUAGUAGGUGCUUAAAAAAUAUUAGUUGAAAAACCAAACAAAAUAUAUACUAUGAGGCACAGAUGGGAUGGUGGCUAACUCUGCCUGGUGGUUUCAUGGAGGACUUCAUGAAGAAAGUGACUUUUGAGCCAUAUCUUGAAGGAUGAAUAAAAUGGAGAAAGGGCUGUGUGGACCAGAUUUCAGAGUCAAAGAACAACAGGGCACUGGGGUGAAUGGAAUUGGGGUAGUGAGGUCAGGGAGGAGCAGUAAGGGCCCCUUCUUUCUUCCUUCUUAUAGGCUGAUAACUGGUAGAGUCUGAGCCUUACAAUAGUUGACAUGUUCUGAUUUGGGAAACUUACCUUUAUACCUGUUUUUGUAAUAUAAGAGUCAUCCCAUUAUAAAAAGGAGCAAUGUAUCAGGUGCUGAGUUGGAACAUUUCGUCUUGAGGCUUGAGGGCUGGUGUGUGGGGUGAGCUAUAAUGUUAGAAAUGCCAGUCUGAUAUGAACCCUGUUUACUAUCAAUGUCUGCUCUGAUUGGUCAAGCGCUUGAGCUGCCAAUUGUUACAUAAUUUUAAUAUUGCUAGAUAAGAUACUGAUUUUCAUGCAAAAUUUUGAGGGACAAGUAAACAAUAAGGAUCCAUUUUAAUAUUUUUAUACCUGCUGCUUUUACCUUUGUUAAAUUUUCUUUUGCCUUUUAUUUUGAUUCAUUGUGCAAAUAUUAUGUCAGAACUUAGAGUAAUUUUAAAAAGAAAAAGUGUGUGCAUAGUUCCACCCAUUCUACACACAGACUUUCAGAUUUUUUUUGUUUCCUUCUAGGACUUGUCCUUUGAACACACCAUUCUGCCACUGAACCAUACUCCUCCAGAUUAUUUUUUUUAGAUUCUGGUUAUAUUUUUAAUUUUCAAAAGUAACGUAUUCAGUGUAAAAAAUUUGGCAUCUACAAAUGUAUCAAGAGGAAAAUAAAAAUUACAUGAAUCCCCAACAUUUAGAGACAAGCAUGCAAUAUUUGUUGUUUUUCCUUCCAGUUUUGUGUUCGUUUGUUGAUUGGUUGGUUUAACCUUAGGUACAAAGGGUUUAGAUAAUCAUAUCCUCAGUACAUGGCAUUUUAUCAUCUUUGGUCAGUGACAGUGUCACUUUUGAAUUUUAUUUGCUUAUUUCUUUUUUUCCCUUUUAUUUCCUUUCCCUUCCCCGCAUAGGCAACUAGGUUCUGUUUAAUGUACUCCUUUUCAUUUGUACGUGUUUGUAUAAAUUGUGAAUUUUUGUUUUGUGUGAAGGUGUUUUAAAUUCAUGUUAAUGGUAUAAUGUUUGAAUAUCUUUUUUUAAUAUAUUUUUCACUCAGCACUUAUGUUUUUAGAAUGCAUUCAUGUUGCUGUAUAUGCAUCUAAUCCAUUGCUUCCAAUUGCUGCAUAAUACUUUAUGAUGUAGCAUCCUCUUAUUUAUUUGCAAAAGUUCUGCCUAUUUAGCUAUCUACUCUCCAAGUGAUAGACAGCCAGGUUGCCUCCAAGUCUCUGCCACAGUAAAUAACAUUACAAUGAAUUUUUUUAUGUGCAACCCUUAUGUACCUACAGAAAUUCUUUGGGAUAUACCUCAGGACUGGAACUGCAGGGUCAGAUUGAUCCCCACAAUGGCUGUACAGUCAUGUACUAGCAAAGUAUGAGGUUUCCAGCAUCUCCAUGGCCCCACCAGCUGUUGGCACUAUCAAGCAUUCUAAUUUUUCUGUUUAAUAGAUGUAAAGGGAUAGCACAUUGCAAUUUUAUUUUGCAUUUCUCUGAUGUUUUCAAGCAUCUCUUUGUAUGUCUUCUGAUUUUUGAAUUUCCUUUCUGUUCAUAUAUUUUGCUUAUUUUUUUCUAGAAGUCGUACUUCUCUUAUUUAUUUGCAAGAGUUCUGCCUUUAGGUUGUGAUGGUUUGGAGCUGUAUGUAUUUCAGAAAAACAUAUUCUUAAACAAUCCAUUCCUAUAGGUGUGAACCCAUUGUUAG